AAUGGCAUUUAUGGGUCAAACAUUCCAAUACUACAUGUUGCGUGUCCUUGUACUGUUGUUCUUCUUUUCGAUGGCUUGUAUGGCACAAACAUUCCAGUAUUCGCGUGGUUGGACCAAUGGCAAGAGAAAUGGUGCUGGAAAUACUGCCACGAAUGUGUUUCACCGUGAAGAUGAGGGAUUACCCGAAAUAUUUGAUAUUCAAGAUGUAAAUGAAAGGAGACUUGAGAGAUGCUUACUGCAACUUCAACAUGCUUUGAGGAAUCCUCUGCUAUUACGUUCAACUGCUGCCGCCCUGGCUUUAAAUCCAUUGUCGGCCGCCAAUCAAAAUGGCAACAGAAACAGCAACAACAACAAUCUUGGUAAUAAUGGCAAUAAUCCCUUGUUAAGAAGUCAUCAAUCAAAUGAAUUAUUUGAGGAAUUGAAUAGCUCGCUUAUUGAUGCUAACGAUGAUUAUGGCAAACAUUAAAGAACA